CCACUGGAAGAAAUGACUUGUGGAGCUGCCGAUCUGCUUUCCUGCGCUGCAAGAUCGUUCUGCUGACCUACCUGUACCGCAAGAUCCAGCUACUGACCUACCUUUCUGCACCGCAAGAUCACUCUGCUCUGCUGACCUACCUGCACCGCAAGAUCCAGCUACUGACCUGACUUUCUGCACUGCAAGAUCACUCUGCUGACCUACCUGCUCGAUCCAGCUACUGACUUACCUUGCUGCACUGCAACAUCCAGCUACUGAUCUAUUUCCUGCACUGCGAGAUCACUCUGCUGACCUACCUUCCUACACUGUCAGAUCCCACGGCUGACAUACCUUACUAUACUGCAAGUUCCCACUGCUGACCUACCUUCAUGCGCUGCAAGAGCUAGUCACUGACCUACCUUCCUGCACUGCAAGAUACCACUACUUACAUACCUACCUACCAGAUCAUACUUCUAAUCUCUCCAUACUGCAAGAUCCCCUCCCUGAACUGCCAAAUCCCACUGCUUAUCCACUUUUUCACACUGCAAGAUCCAACUGCUCAUCUACUUUCUCACACUGCCUGAUCCCAUUGCUGAUCUGCCUUCCCACACUGCAAGAUCCCAUUGCUGAUCUGCCUUCCUGCACUGCAAGACCCCACUGCUGAUCUGCCUUCCCGCACUGCAAGAUCCCAUUGCUGAUCUGCCUUCCCACACUGCAAGAUCCCACUGCUGAUCUGCCUUCCCGCACUGCAAGAUCCCACUGCUGAUCUGCCUUCCUGUACUGCAAGAUCCCACUGCUGAUCUGCCUUCCCACACUGCAAGAUCCCAUUGCUGAUCUGCCUUCCCGCACUGCAAGAUCCCAUUGCUGAUCUGCCUUCCCACACUGCAAGAUCCCACUGCUGAUCUGCCUUCCCGCACUGCAAGAUCCCACUGCUGAUCUGCCUUCCUGUACUGCAAGAUCCCACUGCUGAUCUGCCUUCCCACACUGCAAGAUCCCAUUGCUGAUCUGCCUUCCCGCACUGCAAGAUCCCACUGCUGAUCUGCCUUCCUGCACUGCCAAAUCCCACUGCUUAUCCACUUUUUCACACUGCAAGAUCCCACUUCUGAUCUACUUUCUCACAUUGCCAGAUCCCACUGCUGAUCUGCCUUCCCACACUGCAAGAUCCCACUGCUGAUCCGCCUUCCUGCACUGCAAGAUCCCACUGCUGAUCUGCAAUAAACAGCCAGCUCUGUAACCCUCCUAUGUUCUGCUGGCCUAGCACUGUAGGAUUGCACUGUGCUACUGAACAUCAUUGUACUUAUCCUGUAUCAGGCAGUGCUGCAUGAUCCCACUGCUUUAGUAGGCAGUGUUGUUUGAUCACAUUUAUUGAUCAGAAACAAUACUGAUAUAUAAGUGACAUUUUGUCUUUAAAUUGCAUUUUUAAGAUCUGAGUUCACUUCUCAGUAGACAUCUCACGCUGGCUUGCACACUGAUUGGUGCCUGGUGCCAUAUGCUCAGUAGCUGCAGACUUUUCAGAGCAAUCAGGACCAGUAAUCAGGUACAGAGCUGACAGUGACCCAAUCUAUUGCCCUGCUGAUCCUCUGAGACCUUCCUCUUUCCUGCCACUGACCAUUACCUCUACCUGCUGCCAUGGGGCGCUACACAGGGAAGACCUGCCGGCUGAUCUUCAUGCUGGUCAUCACAGUCAUCUUCUUUGUGGCAGAGCUGGUGUCUGGCUACUUGGGCAACUCUAUUGCCCUCAUUUCAGACUCUUUCAAUAUGCUGUCUGACCUCAUCUCACUUUGUGUGGGCCUCACCGCCAGCCGCAUCUCCCGCCGCACAAACUGGGGUCCUCGGUUUUCCUAUGGCUAUGGCCGGGCCGAGGUGGUGGGUGCCCUGAGCAACGCCGUCUUCUUGACUGCCCUUUGUUUUACCAUCCUGGUGGACUCAGUGCUGCGGAUAGCCAAGCCAGAGAAGAUCGAUGGCCCAGAGCUGGUGCUGAUCGUGGGUGCCCUGGGUCUGGGGGUGAACAUUGUGGGUCUUCUGGUGUUCCAGGACUAUGGAGCGUGCAUGCGGAAAAUCAGAAAAACAAAGGAUCCAGAGAAACCUCAGAGAUCAUCCAAUGACCACCUGAAUGUCACCCCCUAUAGGGCGGAUAUCCAAGGGGCGGAGAGCGAGGACCACGACAGAGCAGGUGACUCUCUAGAAGACCAGGAUUCUGAUCUGGAGGAUGAGAUGUCCAAGACUAACAAUGGGGCAGCCCUAAACAUGAGAGGUGUCCUGCUUCAUGUUAUGGGAGACGCAUUGGGGUCAGUGGUAGUUGUGGUGGCAGCAACCAUAUUUUAUAUCAAACCUUUAAAACCUGAGGAACCCUGCAACUGGCAGUGUUACAUCGAUCCCAGCCUUACUGUAAUCAUGGUGGCCAUCAUAUUAUAUUCUGCUUUCCCCCUCAUCAAAGAAACAGGCACUAUAUUACUCCAAAUGGUCCCUGAGGAUGUUAACGUUGGUGACAUUGGUAGCAAAAUAUCAUUAAUCCCAGGGGUGAAAAGUAUCCACGAAAUUCACAUAUGGGAACUGGCAAGUGGAAAGAACAUUGCAACCGUUCAUGUUAAGUUCGAAAGCCUCAACGACUACCUGGCCUCUAAUCGCAGCAUCCGAAAGGUCUUCCAUUCGGCUGGGGUCCAUGCUGUCACCCUUCAGGCUGAGUUUAUCAAAGAGAAGGAGGUCUCCUUAGCUUGCAGCAACCCCUGUAUCUCCAAGAACUGUGAUUCGUAUCUCUGCUGCAGCCAGGAGCUCGUCCCUUACUGCGAGACCAAUGGCACGGCUCUGAAAAAAGGCAAAUCUUCUCAAGUGUGGUACCGAAGUAAUGACUUAAACAUUGAUGCUAACACACCGGUCGACCAUCUGUCCGUAGAGAUUCCAGAAGUGAACGGUGUCGGGAGUGUAAACCAAGAAAAUGAGGCUCUAAAUGCAAAAUCUACUCGGUUUUAAAAAUGUUUAGAUGAACCAUAGUGAGUUGAAAAACCUUAAUAAUUUUCUGAGGACCAAAUAACUUCUGAUGUAUGAUGUUGUGGUUUGUUUGCCUAUAUACUCUUUGUUCUUUGGUAGACAUCACUGUCAAGGUCUUGAAUGGGCAGUGUAUACCCCUGCUAGGGGAUGCACAUAUGAAAAACAAAAGCCUUUGAGCGCACAAUCGAUCAAAUGCACACUAAAUUACAUUGAUGCUACACCCUCUGUAAAUAUGGGGGACUAUGUACCACUUUGUGAUGUACAAAAUCGAGUCUACAUGCCUGUUAAUCUAUAAUUGUACUGUUGCUUUCCUGUGUACUAUGGGACUCUAACGACAAUAUGGUUCUUUAAUGGCUCUUUUGUUUGUACAAAUAUGUCAUAGCUCUAAACCAUGAAGUGCAAUUAUCAUGCUUUGAAAAACUUUCACUUCUUUAAUUCUAGCAGAACCUAAAGUUUUAUGUCAUGGGUAAUUCAGUGACGAAGCUGGUUUCCAGAAUCCCUUUGAGCACACAAAGUAUUGUUUUGUGAGUUUAUGGACCUCAACGUAAGGGUCUUUUGUUUUUUUAAAGUAUCUAGAAAAAGAUAUUCAAAAUAAUGGACCCUAACAAACUAAGUAUAAGUACUAUAGUGGUACCCAAUUUAUGUAAAAAGUAUACAAAAAUAUUUAUUACAUGAUAAAAAUUACACAGGCAUACAUAUAAAAAAAAAGCAGACA